AUGGGCGAGAUCGAAGCCGAGCUGGCCUCCCUUCUGGCCAUACGAGAGGGUCUAGACAGGGACCUAAGGGCCGUCCGCCUCCGCUACAACGCCAUGCGAGUUCAAGGGUACCAGAAAUUGAGUGAUGAGUUGACAGGUGAUGAGUUGACUAAAAACAGUCAAAGCAUAAAACAUUAUGUACAGAAAAAGAAAGGAGCAACAGGUUGUGAUCAUGGUUUAGGGGAAGAGAAAAUUGAUCAUGAUAAUGACAGUGAGGCUGUGAUUGAUGCGAAGAGACGAUUUGGGUCAACUUGCACACGCUACACAAAGAUCAAGAAAAAUAUUGAGGAAAAAGAGAAGAACCCUAUUAACAGAGGCCGUGAGAGAAGAGAAAGAGCCAGAUUGGUGGAGGAGAAAGACUUGCAAAAGGUCGCCUGUGGCCAGUGGAGGUACAGUAAAACUGAACCACCGUGGGUCAGUUUGAAACUGACCCACGCUAGGCGCAGCCGGCAAGGAAUGAUUGAACGACUGAUCAAAGCGGGACAUUUGUCCAAUUUUGUCUCAGGAGAAAAUACACAGCUAGAAGCAGUCAAAAACACGGGCGGUGAUUUGUCAAAGGGAAAGGAGGUAGUUGAGGAGUUGGGAGUACCCGUCGGGUCUUGCUUAUCAAUCGCCGGGGGAUUUGGCGGCGGGCGCAUGUCUAGCAAGGGAAGGAAAAGGUAUGUUGAGGCAGUGAACUCGGUUCACCACGCUUACGAGGGGGAAUGUUGGCUGAAUCACACUCCUAUUACCUUCUCGCCAAAAGAUUUUGAUCAUGUGAUUCCGCAUGAUAACGAUCCAAUAGUGGUGACUCUGCGCGUAAAUAACUAUGUUACUAAUAAAGUUUUUCUAGACCAAGGCAGUUCUGCUGACAUCAUAUAUGGUGAUGCAUUUGAACGAUUGGGCUUAAAGGAGUCAGACUUAAAGCCAUAUAUGGGGUGUCUAGUUGGGUUCACAGGCGAUCGGGCCAAGGUCCGAGGCUAUGUGGAAUUGGACACUGCUUUUGGUGAGGGUGAAUAUGUGAAGAAAUUUCAAGUAAAGUAUUUGGUUCUUCCGUGUAAGGCGACGUAUAAUGUGCUUCUAGGGCGUGAUACUUUGAACAAAAUAUGUGCAGUAAUUUCAACCGCCCAUUUAACAGUGAAGUAUCCAGCUUGCAAUGGAAAGGUGGGGAUUUUGAGGGUGGAUCAAGAGGCCGCCCGAGCCUGUUACGCACAAAGUUUGGAACUUUAUGGUAAGAAGGCAACCAAGGAAGCACAUCGUGUCACGGAAAUUUUUCCACAUGAGAAUUUUAGUUUGGAUCCUCGUGAUGAUUCGGAGGAGUUGAGACCUCAGCCGGUGGAAGAAACCAAAUCUGUUCACUUAUCUGGGCGUGCUUUGAAAAUUGGAAGCACCUUGUCAAAGGAACAAGAGGAUCGAUUGGUCCAGCUACUCAAAAACAAUUUGGAUUUAUUCGCAUGGACAAUUAAGGAUGUUCCAGGCAUUGAUCCCACCGUUAUUUCUCAUCACUUGUCAAUCCAGCAAGGGGCUAAACAUGUUGUACAAGCUCGAAGGCGGAUGGGCGAAGAAAAGGACAAGGCAGUACAAAUAGAAACUCAAAAGUUACUUGAAGGAAAAUUCAUUAGAGAAGUUCAAUACCCAACAUGGUUGGCAAAUGUUGUUAUGGUGCGAAAGGCUAAUGGGAAAUGGAGAAUGUGUACAUAUUACACAAGUCUAAACAAAGUUUGCCCCAAGGAUUCUUAUCCGCUUCCAAACGUGGACAAGUUAGUAGAUGGGGCUUCUGGGAAUGAAAUGCUCAGUUUAAUGGAUGCAUAUUCAGGGUACAACCAAAUUAUGAUGUAUCGUCCUGAUGAGGAGAAAACGACGUUCAUGACAAGCCAGGCGAACUAUUGGGGCGAGCAUCAUGAAGACUUGGCCGAGGCAUUUGCACAAAUCAGGAAAUACAAUAUGAGAUUGAAUCCAGAAAAAUGCUCCUUUGGAAUUUUAGGUGGCAAGUUUUUAGGAUUCAUGGUCACUUCAAGGGGGAUCGAGGUUAAUCCAGACAAAUGCAAAGCUAUAGUAAACAUGAAAAGCCCGUCCAAUAUUCGCGAAGUCCAAAGGUUAACAGGACGGUUGGCGGCCUUAUCUCGCUUCUUGCCAAAAGCAGGUGAUAGGGCAGCGCCAUUUUUUGCGUGUUUAAAAAAGAAUACAACUUUUCAGUGGACAGGGGCGUGCGAAGAGGCCUUUCAGCAGCUUAAGGAGUUACUGGCUUCACCACCUAUGCUAGCUAAGCCUACGCCUGGGACUCCUUUAAUUCUUUACUUGGCGGUCACUGAGGCGGCGGUUAGUACAGUUUUGCUUCAAGAAGAAAACAAGCAGUCUAAAAUCAUAUACUUUGUUAGUCACACGCUACAAGGGGCAGAAGUGCGUUAUCAGAAAAUAGAAAAGGCGGCUCUAGCAAUACUAAAGACGGCCAGGCGACUUCGGCCAUACUUUCAGAGUUUCCAAAUAAAGGUCAAGACUGACAUUCCCUUGAGGCAAGUUUUGCAAAAGCCUGAUUUAUCAGGGCGACUGGUUAGUUGGUCGGUCGAGCUGUCGGAAUAUGACAUUAGCUAUGAACCGAGAGGACAAGUCACAAUUCAGAGUCUGAUUGACUUUGUAGUGGAGUUAACACCCACGGAGGGUGACAAAGAAAAUGCUGAAUGGGUACUUUCAGUGGAUGGUUCAUCCAAUGAAUCAGGAAGUGGGGCAGGCGUGUCGAUUGAAAGCCCUGACAAAAUGAUGAUUGAGCAAUCACUCAAGUUUGGAUUCAGGGCGAGCAAUAAUCAAUCCGAGUAUGAAGCGUUAAUAGCUGGCUUGAGACUCGCCAUUGAAUUAGGAGUGCAAAAUUUAUAUAUAAAGGGUGACUCUCAGUUGGUAGUGAAGCAAGUACGCGGUGAAUACCAAGUGAAGGAUCCACAAUUGUCCAAAUACCUAGAAAUUGUUCAAAGGCUUAUGCAGGCGAUCAGACAUGUAAGGAUCGAGCACAUACCAAGAAGUCAAAACGAGCGUGCGGAUGCAUUGGCUAAACUGGCUAGCACUGGGCGAUUCGGAAACUACCAAACUGUAAUACAAGAAAUCUUGCCCCAUCCAAGUACAGACAUGGCGGAGUUCAAAGUGGCAAAGGCCAUAGAGAAUGAGGAAUCAUCUUGGAUGGAUCCAAUCAUCGAAUUCUUAAGUCAGCAACCGCAAGAUGAAAGCAAAAACACUAAAGAAAGAAGGCGAGAGGCUAGCUUUUACACCCUAGUGGGUGGACAGCUGUAUAGGCGAGGAGUAAUGUCUCCAAUGCUUAAAUGCGUGGAUACCGUCAAAUCUCAAGAGAUAAUGGCUGAGGUUCAUGAGGGAGUAUGCUCAAGCCACAUUGGAGGGCGGCCUUUGGCCGUAAAAGUCCUUAGGGCGGGAUUCUAUUGGCCAACCAUCAAGAAAGAUUGCCUUGAAUACGUGAAGAAGUGUUCCAAAUGUCAGGUUUUCGCCGAUAUACACAGGGCACCACUAGAGCAACUCACAACAAUGACCACCCCGUGGCCCUUCGCCAUGUGGGGAACGGACAUUUUGGGACCUUUCCAAAGGCAAAGGCUCAAAUGA